GACGAGAGCAGUAACGAUGUCCGGAAGAGGAAAAGGCGGCAAAGGUCUUGGAAAAGGAGGCGCUAAGCGUCACCGCAAAGUUCUCCGUGAUAACAUCCAGGGUAUUACUAAACCCGCCAUCCGCCGUUUGGCUCGCCGUGGCGGUGUGAAGCGUAUUUCCGGCUUGAUCUACGAGGAGACCCGCGGUGUGCUCAAGGUUUUCCUUGAGAACGUCAUCCGUGAUGCCGUCACCUACACCGAGCACGCCAAGAGAAAGACCGUCACCGCAAUGGACGUGGUGUACGCUCUGAAACGCCAGGGACGCACCCUGUACGGAUUCGGGGGUUAAACGUUCAGACCUCCACGGUCUUUUUAUAGCGCUUUAUGUACUUUUUGGAUAUCACAAAGCUGGUCUUGACUGCUUCAAAGAAUUGAAAAACAGCAAA